AUGGGCUGCGCACCCAGCAUUCACGUCUCGCAUAGCGGUGUGAUAUACUGCCGGGACUCGGAGGAGUCCAACUCCCCCCACCAGACCACCACGAUCUCGCAGGGCACCACCACCCUGCACGGCCUCUUCGUUAAGACAGACGCGGCCGACUCCAUCCCCUCCGUCCUCGCCUACCAGAGCCGGCAGCCGCCGCCCUCCGCCGGCCCCCGCCGCAAGGAGCGCAGGGAGUCCGGCGGCGCCUCCGCCCGGUCCAGGACGCCCCACUGCUGCAGCGUCGAGGCGGAGACCCAGACCAGCAGCUCCAGCGCCAAGCAGGCUUCAACUGCAGAAGUACAAGUUGGGCCCAUGAGACUGACACAAUACCCAAUUCAGGUUUUGCUAAUCUUUGCAAAAGAAGACAACCAAAGCAAUGGUUUCUGGUGGGCUUGUGACAGAGCAGGAUACAGGUGCAAUGUUGCCUGGACUCUGGAAUCAGCACUUGAAUGUUUCCUGGAUAAGCACCAGGAAAUAAUUGUUAUAGAUCACAGGAACUCCAAGUAUUUUGAUGCAGAAGAUAUCUGCAGGUCUAUUCGUGCCACAGAGCUAUCAGAGCAUACUGUAAUACUUGCUGUGGUUCCACGCACAUCUGCUGACCAAGAAGAGACUUCUAUUCUUCCCCUUCUUGAUGCAGGCUUUGAUAGGCAAUUCAUGGAGAACAGCAGCGUAACUGCUUGUUACAAUGAACUGGUUCAAAUAGAACACGGGGAAGUGCGAUCUCAGUUCAAAUUACGGGCUUGUAAUGCAGUGUUUACAGCAUUAGACCAUUGUCAGGAAGCUGUAGAAAUAACCAGUGAAGAUCAUGUCAUUCAGUAUGUUAAUCCAGCCUUUGAACGGAUGAUGGGGUACUGCAAGGGAGAACUUAUUGGCAAGGAGCUUACUGAACUACCUAAAAGUGAUAAAAACUCUGCAGAUCUUUUGGACAAUAUAAACACAUUUAUUAAAAAAGGAAAGGAAUGGCAAGGAGUUUACUAUGCAAGAAGGAAAUCAGGAGACAGUAUCCAGCAGCAUGUGAAGAUAACACCUGUGGUCGGUCAAGGAGGGAAAAUAAGACACUUUGUGUCCCUCAAAAGACUGCAUUGUACCAAUGAAAACAACAAACAGCUCUACAAGAGUCACCGUGAGGAUAAGUACACAGGAGACAAUUCCCAGUCAGAAUCUGGCUCUUACAAGUGCAAGAACAGAAGGAAAGACUCAGUUGAUGUUAAGUCAAUAACAUCUCAAAGUAGUGAUGCUCCAAGUUUACAGACCCGACGGUACUCUUCGAUGGCACGGAUUCAUUCUAUGACAAUAGAAGCUCCUAUCACAAAGGUUAUUAACAUAAUUAACGCUGCCCAGGAAAACAGCCCUAUCACUGUAGCAGAGGCCUUGGACAGAGUUCUGGAAAUCCUGAGGACAACGGAACUUUAUUCCCCUCAGCUAGGUACCAAAGAUGAAGAUCCUCACACAAGUGAUCUUGUUGGAGGUCUGAUGAACGAUGGCUUGAGAAGACUGUCAGGAAAUGAGUAUGUGUUUUCUAAGAAUAUGAACCUGAGCCAUACUCACCUUCCAGUGCCAAACACCAUCAAUGAUGUUCCACCCUGUAUUACACAGCUCCUAGAUAACGAAGAAAGUUGGGACUUCAAUAUUUUUGAGUUGGAGGCUGUUACAAAUAAAAGGCCAUUAGUGUAUUUGGGCUUAAAAGUUUUUGCCCGGUUUGGGGUCUCUGAGUUUUUAAACUGUUCGGAAGCAACACUGCGGGCAUGGCUGCAGGUCAUUGAAGCCAACUACCAUUCCUCCAACUCAUACCACAACUCCACACAUGCGGCAGAUGUCCUGCAUGCUACUGCUUUCUUUCUCGGGAAGGAGAGAGUUAAGGGAAGUCUGGACCACCUAGAUGAGGUAGCUGCAUUAAUAGCUGCCACCAUUCAUGAUGUAGACCAUCCUGGACGGACCAACUCUUUUCUGUGCAAUGCAGGAAGUGAAUUAGCUGUCCUUUACAAUGAUACAGCUGUAUUAGAGAGUCAUCACACAGCACUGGCGUUUCAGCUUACAACAAAAGACAGCAAAUACAACAUUUUCAAGAAUAUUGAUAGAAAUCGCUAUCGGACAUUGCGACAGGCCAUUAUUGACAUGGUUUUGGCAACAGAGAUGACAAAGCACUUUGAGCAUGUGAACAAAUUUGUGAACAGUAUCAACAAGCCUAUGGCAUCUGAGGAGACCAGCCCACAUAGUGAAGGCAGCAACACUGAAUGUACAGCCAACAUAAAGAAUUUUCCAGACAACCAGACACUGAUCAAACGCAUGAUGAUUAAAUGUGCAGAUGUAGCCAAUCCAUGUCGCCCCCUAGAGCUAUGUAUCGAAUGGGCAGGCAGGAUUUCAGAGGAGUACUUUGCACAGACUGAUGAAGAGAAGAGACAGGGCCUACCUGUUGUAAUGCCAGUAUUUGACAGAAACACCUGCAGCAUCCCCAAGUCCCAGAUUUCCUUCAUUGAUUAUUUUAUAACAGAUAUGUUCGAUGCAUGGGAUGCAUUUGCACAUCUGCCUGUUUUGAUGCAACACUUGGCUAAUAACUACAAACACUGGAAAACACUGGAUGAUUUGAAGUGCAAGAGUCUCAGGCUCCCAUCAGAAAACAACAACUGAUACUCAGUCAAGAAAACCAGACCUCUUGCUCUACCAGUUUCACUGUGAAUCACUUACAGAAACUCUUGGCUACAAAGGGGAUUAAUGUUGCUUUUCCAGUGAAAUUAAGACUGUGUGACAAGAAGGAAAUAUUUUACUCAUUUUUAAGCUUCUAUGAAUUCUACAGAAAAAUGUUUUUAGAGGCUAUAGAAACCACAGAUGACUAAGUGCUCUUCGGAAAUAAUAUUUUGUGGCAGAAAAUGUACUUCUGAAACGAGUUUCUAAUACUGAAUAUGCACUUGUUGAAUCUUGUAGUUGAUACGACUGUAUUCACUAAUGCUUCACACAAUUGUUUUUCAGAGAGAGGGGUAAUCUGGUCACCAGGAGAGUAAGAAUAGCCUAACAAAUAAGGAUAGAAACUUCUCACUUACCUGGCAUAAAUUUCUUCAGCUCUGUGAACCAUACUUCUAAAGAGAACAGGCACAGCAAAACAAGUAAAUCCUAAUAAAUUGAAUACAUUAAAAAAAUCCAAACAUGACACCUUUUAAAACACCUUCUUAUUAAAAAGGAGACGCUCUCAGAGCACCACCUGUUCUUUCUUUUCCAUAUCAAAUCUUGGUACAAGUCAAUGUUCUCUAAAACUGAUCAUAUAAUACAGGAAAAUAAGCAUGUUCUGUCUAGGUAGUGCCAUCCACAUGGUUCUCUGCCAUCUUGCAGAUGUUAUCACACAAGUUUUCACCAAAUUUUACACAAAAAAAAACUAUUGUGGCACUUGAUCACCAUACUUUUUUAUAAAAAUGGUGUUU